AUGGCGUCUGCUGAUCUGAGAGACGAGCUGAACUGCUCCAUCUGCCUGAACGUCUACACAGACCCCGUCACCCUGAGGUGUGGACACAACUUCUGCUGGGGGUGCAUCGUUCGUGUGUUGGAUUCACAGUGGGGGACAGGAGCUUAUAGCUGCCCUGAGUGCAGGCAAAUAUUCAAUAAGCGGCCAGUAUUGUACAAGAACGUUACUCUGAGAAGUAUAGUGAAGCAUUUCCAGCCUCCACCAGGACAGAAAGGAAAGGCCGAGGUCAUCUGUACCUACUGUCUGCACUGCCCGGUACCUGCUGUGAAGUCCUGUGUGUUGUGUGAAGCUUCUCUGUGUGGAAAACACCUGAAAGUCCACAACAAAUCACCAAAACAUGCCUUGAGUGAGCCCACCACUUGCCUGGAGAACCGAAAAUGCUCCACCCACAAUGGAAUCCUGGAGUAUUACUGCCUCAAAGAUGAGAUGUGCAUCUGUGUUUACUGUCAGGUUGAUGGAGACCACAAUGGACACCAAGUUCAGUCUUUGAAUGAAGCCUCUGAAGAGAAGAAAGAGAAUCUUACAAAGGUUCUGGAGACACUGACCUCUAAGAAGAAGGAGGCUGAGACAAAAAUCCAGAAUCUACAAGAACGCCUGAAAAAAGAGAAGGCCAAGGCAGCUAAGAUGAAAGGUAACGUCAACACUCUGCUCACAGACCUUAGAAAACAAAUGGAGGACGUGGAGAGAAGGGUCCUUAGUGAGAUCUCUGGACAGGAAAAGCAGGUAUCAGUCUUCAUCUUGGACCAGAUCCAACAGCUGGAGAUAAAGAAGAACCAUCUGUCCAAUAACAUGGGUGAAAUCGAGGAGUUGUGUAAGAUGACUGAUCCCAUAACUGUCUUGCAAGACCCAAAAUGUCAAAACAAUUGGGGUCAAGAGGACGAUGAAGAUCUUUGUGAUCAGAAGGUUGAAGAUACAAGUGGCCUAGAUGAGGACCUGAUCAAGAAGUCCAUACAUCAACAAGUAUCUAAUGUGACAUCCCAUGUCAAUCCCUGGCUGUUUUUGCUGGACCCUGUGGACCUCUCGCUGGAUGUUAAUAUGGCUGCUAAUAAUCUAUGUACAUCAGAAAACUUGAAGACGGCAUCAUUGACUUAUGAAGACGAAGAAGUUCCAGAUUGCCCAGAGAGGUUUCCUGAAAAUGAGGUUUUAAGUACUCUGAGUUUUUCAUCUGGCCAACAUUACUGGGAGGUGGACACCAGUGAUCUGGGGACCUGGAUUUUUGGUGUGUCCUAUCCUCGUGAAAAUGGUGUCUAUGGGGCCUCCUGGACUUUUCAGAGGAAUUCUAACCAGUGUUUAGCUGUUCAUGAGAGUAACGUUGUCUAUUUUUCCUGUAAUUCAUGUUGUCGGAAGUUUGGGGUGUAUCUGGCUUACGAGGCUGGGCAGCUGUCCAUUUACCAGCUGGGUGUCCCUGUUAGACACCUGCACACUUUCACUGCCACCUUCACUAAGCCCCUUUAUGCUUUCUUCUGGUCAGAUAGUACUGAUGCUGUGGCCCUAGAGAAGUGA